AUGCUACUCUCUGCCAUUAUACUCUUUACAGCUCUAGCCCGAGCGGCCCAAGCAGGAACCCACCUGCCUGGACCAUCCGGACCUUGCAGAGUACAGACAACACACGCGAAACUGCUUGAUAGCUCGCGCGUCGAUCCCUUCAGCCCUACCCAUGACAAACGAGCGAUCAUGGCAACUUCAUACGUGCCCGUUAACUGUGGGCACACCAAAUUUGAAUCGUAUCUUACUCCACACACAGAAGCAGUAACAGACCAGCUGUUUCGAUCCUACGGGAUACCCAAUGGGACAACAAUAAAAGGAUUACAGGUCGAGUCCGGGUUUGAUUCCAACGCCGACACAUCGCCGAACGACAGAAAACACUCCGUCAUUGUUUUCUCCCCAGGAUUAACAGGAUCCCGAUUAUAUUAUUCUUUAAUCCUCGAGUCCGUAGCCAGCACAGGCAUGGUGGUAGUCUCAGUGGACCAUCCCUAUGAUGCCUCGAGUGUGGAUUUCCCCGACGGCAGCGUUAUCUACGGCGCCAAUCUCUCUGCGGCAGAUCCAGUCGCCUUGAACACCCGCGUCCAAGACGUCAUCUUCACCCUGGACGAAUUACACGAUAACCCACACCUCAUACCAUCUUCAUUCAAAGGGACCCUCGAGCUCGAGAAAGUCGCAAUAGUAGGCCACUCAUUUGGUGGCGCGACAGCCGCAGCCGCAAUGCUGAACGAGACCAGGUUUGCUGGCGGGCUGAACCUCGACGGAGCACUCUGGGGCCCAGUACUCGAAGAGGGUCUCGAUCGGCCUUUUAUCAAUUUUGGACAGGCGAAGAUCACGCCAGAAGGCAACGAUAGCUGGGAGAAGAUCUGGCCUCGUCUCCGGGGAUUCAAGCGGCUGCUUCGGUUAUCUGAGUCCGUGCACCUCACUUUCACGGAUUUCCCACUGAUUCGGGAUGCUUCUGGGUGGCCUGUCAACGUGAAGCAGGGUGCGUCGGAGUUGUUAGGUUCACUUUCUGGGUUGCGGGUGAGGGCUAUCUUGACCGAGUAUAUUGUUGCGUCGGCUACGUUUUUUGUUACUGGGGAGAGGAGUAAGCUCUUGGAUAGACCGUCGGGUGACUAUCCUGAGGUGAGGUAUCUAGCUUAG